ACAGAGCACAGGAUGAAAGGCACUAUAGAAAGGCUUCGUACAAAGGUUGAGUAUUUGUCCAACACAAACAUGUCACUCAAGCAGCAGCUGUCCAUGAUGCACACGUCCAGUUUGAAACGUCUAACCAACGACAGCGAGAACCAGUCCAUUUUGCAAGAGUUACUGCAACACAUGUCUGAGGAGCACACCCAGCUGCUGCACCACCAUCUAGCACAGCUACGGCUGUACACUCAGGCCUGCGCAUUAUCCAAAUCAGCCCCCGAGGAAUCUGCAGCUGAAUCUACAGUCUUGGUACCAGACCUGGCUGACCAAUCACAGGACAUCUCACACAUGGCCAUGAUGUCGUCCUCGGAGGGCACCCUUGGGAACAUGGAGCAGACAGUCGUCAUGACGAUAACGUCUGAGGAGGAUUCGGAGCCGCUCGGCAACAUCGUGGAUAACCC